GUCUCUUUAAGAGACCCAGCGAGUCGUGAUGCUGCUGUUUGUAUUGCUAAAUCCCCAGGAGUCCAGUUAAGAAACGGGCAGCUGUCUCUUUAAGUGUGAUUUCCUUCUAUUGUAUUUGAAUCGUGAUCAGGAAAAAGGAAAUGAAACCAGAGACCCGGGGCUGAGCCACGGGCUAAUCAUAAUAAUAAUGCUGCCUCUCUCCCCAUCUGCAGCACAUCCAGCGGGCUCCAGAGCAUGGUCAGAGCUGCCCAGGCAGAGAGCCUGAGCCCAGCCCAGGGAGCUCCGGGCUGAGGCAGGGGUGGAAGGCGAGGCAGCCGCUUCCCAGCCGGAACAGCAGCCGGAGCCGCGGGAGCUGCUCGGCCGGCCGGGGAGGAGGAGGAGGAGGAGCGCGGCGGGGAUGGGAGGAGGAAAUCCUGUGAAUGUCAUUGGGGGGCGGAGGGGGAACUCAGCCGCUGACAAGGCUUCGAGAGCAGACAGCCUGUGCGGGGGCAGCGGGGGCAGAUCCCACCACAGGCACGCUACAAAGGAACAAUCCCUGCCAAUGUCAUCGGCCAUCGAGAGGAAAAGCCUCGAUCCUUCCGAGGAGCCGGUGGAUGAGGUGCUGCAGAUCCCCCCCUCGCUGCUGACAUGCGGCGGGUGCCAGCAGAACAUCGGGGACCGCUACUUCCUGAAGGCCAUCGACCAGUACUGGCAUGAGGACUGUCUCAGCUGCGACCUCUGCGGCUGCCGGCUCGGGGAGGUGGGAAGGCGCUUGUACUACAAGCUGGGCAGGAAGCUCUGCAGGAGGGACUAUCUCAGGCUCUUUGGCCAAGAUGGCCUCUGUGCCUCCUGCGACAAGCGAAUCCGGGCUUACGAGAUGACCAUGAGGGUGAAGGACAAAGUGUAUCACCUCGAAUGCUUCAAAUGUGCUGCUUGCCAGAAACAUUUCUGCGUUGGGGACAGAUACCUCCUCAUCAACUCGGACAUAGUGUGUGAACAGGACAUCUACGAGUGGACUAAGUUAAAUGGAAUGAUCUAGCAAAGACAUGACUCCGUGGUCUACAAAAGACAUCUCACAGGUGACACCGCUGCAUAGGUGCAGUGAGGAGACCAUCACUGGAGCUUUGGGCUUUGGCUAAAUGGGGGGAAAACACCACGGAGUUGGCCCUUUUCAGGCAGUGCUAUGUAGAAUCUAAACUACACCUAUGUGAAGAAGGGAGAUGGAAGCACUAGUAGGUAGACUGACUUCUCUUAUCAAAGGUGUAUGGACAAUAACUGACGUCCGCCACGUAGGCGAGAGCUGGGGAACAAACCCAAGGGGAUGACAAGUUCUCCCAACUGGAAAAAACAACAACAACAUAGGGACUUCUGUAAAGAGAUGUGAUGACUUUGUCACCUGCAGACUAGGAUUGUGCAAUUGAAUUUGCUUUUUGUCUUGUUUUAGUUACUGAGUUUAGACAACAGCUCCUAACGUAGACAUGAGGAGGAAUACUGGAAGGAAAGGACCAUCACGUGGUCAUUCUGAAGGGCCUUACACUCUGGGUAGGAAAAAAAGUGGGAAGAGGGUGGGAGUUGUUUUUGCAUGGAUUUUUUUUUUCUUUGAGAAUGAACAGUGCAUCCUCUAGUCCCAAACUCUUCUCUAAAAAAAUCCUGCUGAAUUCUCAUUUUCAGGCACUGCUGUUUAAGGGUGAGAUGUUCCACAGAUCAUUUCUAUACAAAUAUAAAUUUAAAGAGUUGUUCAACUAUUUUAUUAACUUAGAUUAUAUCAAUAAAAUAUUUGUUGUGUGUAGUAAGACUCUGCAGCUUUAAUAAAAAUAACAGAAGA